UGCGCGCGGCCGCUUCCGCAGGAAGAAGGAAGCGGCGCCGCCGUCGCUUCUCGGCGCUCCCUCCCCGCCUCCCGGGUCCGCCAGCCGCCACCAUGUCCGCCUCGGCUGUCUUCAUCCUCGACGUCAAGGGCAAGCCCCUGAUCAGUCGCAACUACAAGGGCGAUAUCGCCAUGAGUGAGAUAGAGCACUUCAUGCCUCUGCUCUUGCAGCGGGAGGAGGAGGGCGCCCUGGCCCCACUGCUGAGCCAUGGCCGGGUCCACUUCCUGUGGAUCAAACACAGCAACCUCUACUUGGUGGCCACCACACUGAAGAACGCCAACGCCUCCCUCGUGUACUCCUUCCUCUACAAGACUGUUGAGGUAUUCUCUGAGUACUUCAAGGAGCUGGAGGAGGAGAGCAUCCGAGACAACUUUGUCAUCGUCUAUGAGCUGCUGGAUGAGCUCAUGGACUUUGGCUUCCCACAGACCACGGACAGCAAGAUCCUGCAGGAGUACAUCACGCAGCAGGGCAACAAGCUGGAGACUGGCAAAUCACGGGUGCCGCCCACUGUCACCAACGCUGUGUCCUGGCGCUCCGAGGGCAUCAAGUACAAGAAGAAUGAGGUCUUCAUCGAUGUCAUAGAGUCUGUCAACCUGCUGCAGAGGAGGCCCUAUGCUUGUUGCCCCCUGUAUGUGCAUCCUCAGGUCAAUGCCAACGGCAGCGUCCUGCUGAGCGAGAUCGUGGGCACCAUCAAGCUCAAGGUGUUUCUGUCGGGAAUGCCAGAGCUGCGGCUUGGCCUCAACGACCGUGUGCUCUUUGAGCUCACUGGCCGGAGCAAGAACAAGUCCGUGGAGCUGGAGGAUGUGAAAUUCCACCAGUGCGUGCGGCUCUCUCGCUUUGACAAUGAUCGCACCAUCUCCUUCAUCCCACCCGAUGGCGACUUCGAGCUCAUGUCUUACCGCCUCAGCACCCAGGUCAAGCCAUUGAUCUGGAUUGAGUCCGUCAUUGAGAAGUUCUCCCACAGUCGCGUGGAGAUCAUGGUUAAGGCCAAGGGGCAGUUUAAGAAGCAGUCGGUGGCCAAUGGCGUGGAGAUAUCUGUGCCCGUGCCCAGUGAUGCCGACUCCCCAAGGUUCAAGACCAGUGUAGGCAGUGCCAAGUACAUGCCAGAAAAGAAUGUCAUUAUUUGGAGUAUUAAGUCUUUCCCGGGGGGCAAGGAGUACCUGAUGCGUGCCCACUUUGGCCUCCCCAGCGUGGAGAAGGAGGAGGUAGAGGGCCGGCCCCCCAUUGGGGUCAAAUUUGAGAUCCCCUAUUUCACCGUCUCCGGGAUCCAGGUCCGAUACAUGAAGAUCAUUGAGAAAAGCGGUUACCAGGCCCUGCCAUGGGUUCGCUACAUCACCCAAAGUGGUGAUUAUCAACUUCGUACCAGCUAGGAGAGAGAAGAGGUGGGGACUUGGACAUGGGGCCUUCCCUCUUCCCAGGCUGGGACUGUAGACUUGGGAGGGAGGAAGA